UGCAAGACAGCUAGAGCCAAGAACGACGCUCUUUUACAAAUCUAAGAUUAGGCAAGAAUUAUAUCGGAGAAAAAUGUCGCAAGGUCAUUUGAGGUAGGGGGUCAAUCAUUUUACGAUGAAAAAUUUUUAUAUGUAAAGGUUGAUUGAAAUAUGGAAAUAUUUGAUGGAUUGUACUUGUAUUAUAAAUAUUCUGAAGUGCAAGCGUACUUGUAUGGGAUAUCGUAAAAUUCUUGUAAUCGCAUGUAGAAUUUAAGUUAGUUGAUCGUUCGGUGCAUUCUGGCAAAGCAGAACACCUCUUGAACAAAACUUUUUAAAUUCUGAACAAUAUUUCAGUGGAACAUAUAUAAUUUCAUAAUUCAAAAUUUAAUAUAAUUUUGUAAUAAUCACCGGUCUAAAAUUAAUUUAAGUUAGAUUAUUUCUGUUUAAACUUUCCUCCCUUGAGAUCCAGUAUAAACCUCACCGAUUAAUAUAUAUAGAGAUAGAGAAAACGCCACUAUAGCUAUUUUAUUGGGUUACCAUUACUGCAGAAGCAUAAUUUAGAGUAAACUAAGUAAUAAUUCCACGUUCAGCAAUAAUGCUGCUGAGCAUUUUAGUCAAAAACCUACAAGCAUGCCACUGACUCUACGAUGGAAUAUCUAAAUACUCUUGGUCAUUUUCUGCAGGAAACAUAUGAAGCAUUAAGUAAAAUAAGCGUCACAAAUUUCAAUUAUAUCAAGAGUAGUUAUUGUGACGCCAAUUGCUUGGUUACGAAUGUAUAAAAAAAAACAAAGAGAACAUUAACUCGAACACUUUACAGGCAGGCAGCAGGUACAGGCAGGUUGAAAAGGCAAUGAAACCAUUUUGAACCUCAACUGAAUGCGAAAAUUAUAGGAAAAGGAAGAAAAACGCAGUAAAACUUUAUUAUAUCUAUACGUUGUAUUUGGACAUCACGAAUUUCAAAUAGGUCACGUCUGCUGGCGACAGCUGUUUCCUAGUCACGUUUUUUACGAAGUUGUUAUUAGGGACCUUAAGGCCCAUACAGACGGGACUUGAUUUGCAAUGUUUUUUAAAUAUUCGGAACCACCUAAGCAAUUUUAGCUAUUUGGUCUGCAUAUCUUGUAAAAUUUUUAUCCGUUGACGGUUUUAUUUGUUUUUGAAAACUGAAAAUUCGCGUCGCGUUGCCGAAUCGCGUCUAGCCUGCGAACAGGCUCUCAAGCUGAAUUGAGAGCCUGCAUCGAUGACUAAUGAAUUUGAAUAUCUGCGUCUCAAAUCGUGACGCGAAAUUCUCAUUGGUCAGAUCCUAUAAUUUAUACGUUUCCGCUGAGCUCUAUAUAUGUCAACUUAAGCACUAUGCAUAAAAAACACAUUAACUGAUCAAAUUGGUCUUGGCCAUCUUACCUCAAAGCACAAAAUGUGCUGUUUUGAGAAAACAGUAUUUAAAACGUUUGAACUUUUGCUUGAAUAUCUUAUAUUUCGAAAAACAGUAUAAACUGUACGGUCUAAAUUUAGUUUCCACGGUCUAAAUUUAGUUUGCACGAAAGUUGUAAACAACACCAUAUAAGGACAGACAUUCCAUAUUUGGAAAAACGAACGUUACGGGGCAGAUAUUCAAAUUCAUUAGUCAUCGAUGAAGGCUCUCAAUUCAGCUUGAGAGCCUGUUCGCAGGCUAAAUCGCGUCCGGCUGUGUGGGCCUUUAAGGCCGGUUUUCCACUUCAACCGUAUCGUAAAGUACCGUAGCAUUUUCUUUUGUGUCGAAGUCAUUAGUUCCACCCUAGUGGUCAGGAAACAAAGAAAUACGCUUCGCUACGAUACGGUUGAAGUGGAAAACCGGCUUAAGCAUGUACGACGGCAACGCGACGACGACAGUCAAAACAAACUCUUCAAAUAAAUUAUUGCGAGGAAGAGUUGUUGUGUAUUAUCCACUGCAUAUAUACAUGAAUUGAGUUCAGUUUGAAAAGAUUAAAACAAAGGCUUUAUGGUUAAAAACGCUUCUGCUGAGCAAUUUUGUAGUUUCACUUAUCGCGUCUUGACAUGCAUGUUUGCGUUGUACACAAGACGUGAAAAUCUCUGUUUUGCGGUCGUUGUAAAAAUCCCUAACUCAACGUCUCGAACUCCCGUGGGCUUUUAAUUAUUCAUUUCUUUUGUACGAGAUCAGAAAUAUCAUUAUGUGAAUAGCCGUCGUCGCCGCGUUGCCGCCCUGUUUGCUUAAAGGUCCCUAUUGUGGGUUCGGUCACGAAAAGAAACGGCCUUUGGCCACAGAAUAGAGACCUUACAGAAAGCCGACUUCCUGGUUUUUGUUUAUGAGUUUCUUAUUCGUUGGUGAGCAGAUCUCCCAACAGGCUAUUGCCCAAUUGAUAUAGGGGAUCAGAGGUACCUGCGAUUUUAACGUCCUUAUGUCCGAGAAGACCCGAAAGUCUAACAAUUUACUGAUGUCAAUGUAAAGCCUGCAUGCCGCACACGAGACUAGAAGCUUGCUGGGCGAACCGGUGGCGGCUAGCUCUGCUAUAUAUGCAUUUUGACGGCACACGUUGGGAAAACUAUACUUAACAACAACAUAAUUGACAUAAAAUCGUUUGAAUUUUCCUCUAUUUUGUUCAAAGUCAGAUGAAGAAACUAUGGUUUCUCAUUGGCUAAUUGAUUCAAGCAGCUCAGCACUAAGCCAACAACAUUUGAAUUUAUUAAUUGACAUUCCCUAAAAUGGGCUUUUCAAUGACAAUUUACAUGGAUUUUAGGAGGAAUUAUGAGUUAUCGACUACAACUAUCUUAUCAAAGUUAUUACGCAAACUAAAAUUAUACGUACUAUAUAUUAUGGUUUAUGAGUUUAAAAAGUUACAAAGAAGGACAUCGCUUCUCAAUAAUAAUUGUCUUAACUUUCGUCUUAAAAUUAUUCAAAACACUAAUUGAUUUCCGCUUUGUAUCUAGACCAUUCCAUAUCUUAGUCCCUCAGUAUUUGAACGAUCUUUGACCGAUCGAUGAUGUCCUAUAUUUUGGAAUAUCCAGGUCUCCAUUUCUUCUAGUAUCUUGGUUAUGAAUUCUGUUUCAUUGUUCAAAAUUAUCGCAUAAUACUGUGGAGCUUUGUCAUUCAUGCAUUUAAAUGUUAAUAACGCAUCUCUGUACAAUAGAUGUUCUUUGAUUGACAACCAUCCUAACGCGUUUAAUGUCGGUGAUAUAUGAUCAUACUUAGGCACCCCUGUAAUUAAUCGGGCGGCGCAAUUUUGGAUUAAUUGAAUCUUUUUUAUGUUGCCAUCUGACGUAUUUAUAGACCAUACUGUUGAACAAAGUUAAUUUCACUCAUGACUAAUGUAUUGAUGAUUGUAGCUAGUGUUGACUGAUCAAAGUUGUGUUUCACACGACCAAUCUGACGCAAUUUUGAGAUACACGAUAAGGACAAUGUCAAUGCUUGUAUAUGUUUGUCGUACGUUAGAUGGAAAUCCAAAAGCAUACCCAAAUCCUUACCUCUGUCACAGGUGUAAGAUUUUCUCUCAUAAAAUUAAUAUGGACGGGAGAUUCCAAUUGAUUCAUGUGUUGCCGUGUACCAACCAGCAACAUUUUGGUCUUUUCUGGGUUUACAGGAAAGCUGUUGUUACAACACCAUUCAAAAAUUCUGUGUAGAUCCUCUUCUAUAUGCAGUAACGAGUGUUCCAUAUGCGACAAUGAAAACGAUAAAAAUGUUUUCGAAUCGCCAACAUACGAUUCAAGACUACAACUUACUGUUGGGAACUGAAGACAAGCUAUCUGUGUAUAUAUUAAAUAAAAACGGCGAUAGAACAGAGCCUUGAGGAAUUCUGUACGACAAUGCAACAGGCGCCGAAGAGGUAGUUCCAAUUCUAACAUGCAUACUCCCAUCUGUCAGACAAGUAACUUUUAAACCACUUAUCCACUGCAGAAGAUACGCCUAGGUUUAGAAUUCUUUGAAGAAGCAUUGGCACUGCCAACUGUUCAAGUACUGUUGGCCAGAAUAAUUCGCUAAAUACUUACGAAAGCACAAGUAUUGUGUUUUAAAAAGCAAUGUUAAAUGUUUCAAAACUAAAAACUACUUGAAACUUCUGGGAAAUCAUAAAUAUAGAAAAUAUCUUGAUUCUAGCGCAUUGCCAACAACAAAAGACGACAGGUCACGCACACAGUUGACCAUUACGUUUAAUGUUUUACGCGUUGUACCUUGCAAGUUUGCUAAACAAAUGUGUGAUGAUGAAAGUUUAGUAAAAACCGGGAAUAUUCCGUAGUGACCAGGAAUAUUCCUGCUUUAUAUAUUUCUAUACUAUUAUCAAAAGUCUUAUUAUUUAAAUACUUUCCCAUAUAUUUUCCCGCAUCACGGUACUAUACUUUCGGUAUGCAUAAUUGAAAUCAACAUACUUGAGUCAUCAUUAAUUUUUGUCACUGGGCGCUUCUAGCUUUUAUAUCGAUGCUUGUUCUAAUAUUAUAUUAUUGCAAACGUAGUUCUGUCCCAUUAAUAUUAUCGAUUUAACGAUGUCUUCGCUAUGUUGUUUUAUCGGAGGAAAAGAAGAAUACUUUUGCUGCAGCGAGGAACUAAUUCGUCUGACAGAAUGUCAAAGUGACAUAAAACGUCACCUUCGAACUAACCAUCUUUCUUCUGAAACACUAACAAAAGUAGAGUUAAUCCUUUUAAGGGCAGGAAUAGUCAAUCUUCGCCAGGGACAAAUAGAUGCAAUGUGAAUCUGUACAAAGCACCGACUCACUCUUGGAAAGCAGUGGAGACCAGCUCGCCUAUCCUGUCACUACCAUAAACACAAUGGCAAGCGAACGGCCCUAAAAACGCGCGAUACGAUUGGAGUAGACAUGUGCAAAAAUAUACAACAGUUAAACCAAGUCCAUGUUUCUGUUGGAUCACGUAAGAACUUUCCAAAUUAAUCCUGUUCUUUAAAAGUUAUUUGCAAAUUUAAAAUUGGUAUAUUGCACUUGUACAGGAUUGUCGCGUAGGUCAUUCUAAUUAAAGUAAAAUUUCUUCCGUGCAAAAAUUUCUUGUACAUUUUUCAUUAGCAGGGAGGGUGAAAUAUUUUCUCCAGACCCUUCUAAGUGUCGGGUUGGGAACUGUUUGAAUUUCAGUUAACUUCAACUAAACCUUCAUUCGUCUAUUGAGCGAUAUGUGUUAAAUGCAUAUAAGCGAUGAAUAAGUAAGAGAAUGUGACUGCUCAUCCUCCUGAUUUUCAUAUUUAUGCUCCAUAAUACUGUACGUUGAAGUCGAUUCUAUAAAUGGUAAUAUAAUAAAAUUGCAACAAACAUAGUUCAUGGGCCGGUUGUUCAAAGCACAGAAUAAAGACAUACAGAAGUGUAACUUCCAUUACAAAACCGUAAGGCGCUUUUUACCGAAAUAGCUGGCGGCCAUGUUCUUAGCAAGUGCCCUAAAGAGAGGCAUUCACCCCCCUGGGAUAUUAAAUUUUCAAUAUGUUUUCAGGGGGGUGACUGCCUCUCUUUAGGGCACUUGCUAAGAACAUGGCGGACUGAAAAAAUCCCUUACGCACUUUUAAUAAGAAGAUACACUUCUGUAUGUCUUUAUUCUGUGUUCAAAGCUCGAUUAGCACUGACCCAGCAUAGGUUAAGUUUUAAUCCGCUGUUUUGAGAGUAUUUCUGUAAGACCGUUCUUUUCAAAAGUUUAAAAAAAACAUCUACUGAUCCAAAAAAGAUUUCUAGAAAACCUAUUUAAUUUUAUAAACAAGCUGUUGGAAAGUUCUAUUUGGACCCAGGGUUAGAACAACCGACUUUUGAUGACAACUGGCGCCAGAAUAUAAAAUGAAGCAAUGUGUGCGCGUGCGCGUUUCGGGUUGUGUGUAGGGCUGGGAGAAACGUGGUAACUUGAUUAGCGCCAGUAUCGAUUCGAUACGAUACCGAUUACUUUUUCGUAAAAGUAUCGAGGUAUCGAUUACCCAAACGAUUACUAGACAGACGAUUGUAUUUCAGAAUUUUCCGCCAUUAUAAUCCACGAAAAAACAAAAAAUAAUUUAUUUCCCGCCUUUUUCAUAAUUUAUUCUGUCGACGAGGUCAGGAAUAUUAAUCAGGGAAGUGGAUAAAAUGUCAAAUAAAGUAAAGGAAGUUUGAUUAAAUUGAUAAAUGCAGCAAAAUACAAAAAAAUACAUUAAUUUUAUUAGAAAUAGCCAUGAAAACGAUGACACAACUACAGGAUUAUAAUGCAUGUCUAAUUUUAAAAGUAAUCGAAACACUUUUUCGAUACAGUGCAGUAUCGACUACUUCCGAUUUGGGCCUGGUAUCGGGUCUUGUCUAAAAGUACACACGAGUGACCACGAAUGACCACGAGUGACCACGAAUGACCACGAGUGACCACGAGUGAUUUCUGUGUUUAAAAGUCAUAAAAUAAUAAUAAAAAACUAUUUUGAGGUGGCUCCAUAGGGUUUUUGCAUUAUACUACACUUUUAUAUCCAGAAAACUCCUGUUUCUUCACUUUACAUGACACGAAGACGAAAUUUAUUGGACACAUUAACAAUGCUCUCUUGAACAUUGCAAUUUACUACUUUUGCGCUGAAAGUCCGUUACCAUGGUGACAGUGCGCUUAGGAUAAUUAAGCUCAAAAUUUGUCUUUUUCCGGCCGUUUUAAAAAUUGGCAUAAAAGAUCUUUCUCGUAUAUUGAUUUUUUUCUUCAAUUUUAAAAAAUUCUAUGGAACGUUACUUAGAUUAUUCCCUUCAAUAAAAUUUUAAGAAAAAAGGAUAUUGACAAAAAUCGGGUAAAAUUCCAGUUAAAAUUUUGAUAUUUUCAGGUGAAAAUUUGCGUAAUAAAGUAAUUAUUUGUGUGAAAUGAUAACCAUUUUUGUAAAAUAUACAGUCAAUUUACAUCCAAUUUGUUUGCGAAUUUGCUUUAGAUUGUCAACAGUCAAAGUUUACUUUUGGCAGAUUAUGGUGUAAAAACAGGAUAUUGUAAGCUAGACUGCUGCGUUUUUCAGUGAAAAUGUUCCCAGCUUCACUUCGCUCGAGACAAAAGACACACGUUUUGCAACAAAAUGUGAAAAUCUAUUCGCUUGUAUUCAGUAUUUUAGCAUGUGCUUGGCAGCUGCAGAAAAGUUUUAUGGCCGAUUAUUUGCCGAUUAUCAAGCAAUAAUCGGCCGAUUACCGAUUAUUUAAAAAACGGCCGAUUAAUCGGCUUUGCCGAACUUUGCCGAUUAUUUACCGAUUAAUCGGCUCAUCCCCACUUUAGAAAACGCCAGAAUUGCAGUCCUAGAGCUUCAAAAAUGCAACAAUUUUCUGGGGGAGGACUCCCAAACCCCGUUUUCUCCCGAAACUUAGUAUGACAGUGCAAGUCAAUCACAAGAAGCUUUAUUAUAAUUAUUACACUUUAGGUAAAUAUUUAUUAAAAAUUCAAAUUUCAGGUAAAAUCCUCCGGCAACACCCCCCCCCCCUGACUUCAGAUGCUUUGCUAUGUUCCUGUAGACUGACGUGUACAAUAGUCGAAAAACUAAAAAAAAUUUCCCGAAGUGAUUUUUAAAAUGGCCAAAAAAAGACAAAUUUUGAGCCUUAUCCUAAGCACGCUGUUGCCAUGGUAACGGACUUUCAGCACAAAAGUAGCACAUUGCAAUGUUCAGGAGAGCAUUGUCAAUGUGUCCAAUAAAUUUCGUCUUCAUGUUAUGUAAAGUGAAGAAACAGGCGUUUUCUGGAUACUAUAGUGCAGUAUGAUGCAAAAAACUUAGGGAGCCACCUUAAAAUAGUUUUUAUACACAGAAAUUACUCGUGGUCACUCGUGGUCAUUCGUGGUCACUCGUGGUCAUUCGUGGUCACUCGUGGUCAUUCGUGGUCACUCGUGUGUACUUUUCGAUAAGAUCCUGGUAUCGGGCGGUAUCGAUACCAAGUAAUCGGUAAUCGCCCAUCACUAUUGAUUACACCACUCUCAGUUGUCGUACUAACAAGUCUUACACCUUAUAUUCUUGAGGAUUGGCAGCAUAAUGAAAUAUUUUUUAGAACAAAAUAAACGCGCAGACGGAAAGAAAUUACGAUAUUAUUAUUGUUGACUCAUUUGAGUCUUACCAAUUAUUAAACGUGCAGAAAGAAAAUCAAGAUUUGUAAGGUUGCUGUGGAAAUACGGUUUUUAAACCAGAAUUGAUAUGAUCAUACAAAGCCACAAUAUAACAGUUCAUAUUUUUUUGCAAGGUGCAACGCGUAAAACAUUAAACGUAAUGGUCAACUGUGUGCGUGACCUGUCGUCUUUUGCUGUUGGCAAUGCGCUAUAGACUCAAGAUAUUUUCUAUAUUUAGGAUUUCCCAGAAGUUUCAAGUAGUUUUUAGUUUUGAAACUAUUGAACAUUGCUUUUUAAAACACAAUACUUGUGCUUUCUUAAGUAUUUAGCGAAUUAUUCUGGCCAACAGUACUUGAACAAUUGGCAGUGCCAAUUAUUUCCGUUUGCGAAUUAAGCCGGAUUUGAUGGAUAUUGACAGCAUUCUGUGGAAGAAACGCAAACAGAUCCGCACGAAAUAACAUAUUAUAUUAUUCAACUAAUUAUUAUAUAACACAACUAUGGUAGUUAAUUGUGGAAAUUUCAAUCCAGAUUCGGGAAUAUCAAAUUCUACUCGACGUGGUGUGUUGGCCGAACAGACAAAGCGGAUCAGACGUGGUUACGUUGUGCAAAGUUUUGAAUAAAUAAUACAUGAAAUCAAAGAUGUUAGUAUUAAUGAUAAAUUUCAACCACUUCUUGUUAAAAAAUAUCCAAACGGAAUUGAGAUUGGAAGUCAGAGUUCCGCGUAUGCGGCAACCGAAUUUAGUAGGAAAUGUCGUGUUUAGACGGCCGCCAUUUUGCUUCCGAGAUCCCUGGGACUAUUGAUCGCUAUAUCUGGAUAAAAAUAAAAUAUUUGAGAAAAAUAAAACCGAUUCAGGUAUUUAAAAGCUUAAACCUUCCUGGUCAUAAAGUUUUAGGUGGGUUUACUUUUUACGUAAAAUAUGAGUGGUCGGUUUUUAGGGAGACAGCCUCUUAAAAUAAUUGUUCUAACUUCAUCAGGUGUGACUGUUCUAAAUUCAAACAGAUCAAAAGAAGAUCGGUGUCUUGCAGGUGGUAAAGCAGUUGCUAUCUGAAUGUUGUUAAUUUCCGCAAGUCUCUUGACCUUGUCGGCUGCAAUCUUCCCCACAGAAGCAAAAUAUUCAUUAAAUUCAUUGGCUAAUUUUUUGUGGGCGUUCUGGUAAACGGGUUUUUCUGAAUCUUUGCUCGGCAGACACCCCCUAAUCACUUUCCACAUGGUCAUAGAUCUUGAAUUACCUUUAUAUUCCUCAAUUUGAUUCCGGACAAAGUUGGACCCUGCUGCUCUUAAAAAUGUUUUUAUAGAAUUCUUAAGCUGCCUAUAGACAUCCCAAUCUUCCGCGUUACGUGAGAGGCGAAAAUUUCUCAGCUUUUUGUCUCUCAGUUUCAUCGUGCACUUUAAUUCUUUACUAAUAAACUGGUUAAGUCUGCCUUUAAUUCUGAUGUGUUUGAUAGGCGCGUGUUUGUCCAGAGUAUUUAUCAACAAUUGAUUGAAAUGAUCAAUUUUCUCAUUUACAUCAUUAAUACAUCCGCAGACGUUGAGAUUUUUUCCUCACGAGAUGAAAAAUAUCAAACACGAUAGGUAUUUUCGUCAACUAGGCCUCGAGAGGUCAAAUCCUCACAAAAACUAUCCGCACACGAGAGAAACGUGCUGAGCUAGCUGCCAUGCGAGGCGGUUAGCUCUGCCGAGCAAGUUGGUCUCGUGUGCGGCAGGCUUAAAGGAAGCACUUUCUCGACCUUGACUCCUUGAGUAGGAAUGCUACCAGCUUAAAAGGCAAGCGUGGUGAAUAUCACGCCGCCAAGAGCUGGUUAAACCACAAGAGCUCGUGACAGGCUUUUGCUAUACCAUGUUCCCAGCCAAUGUGCUUACGAGAGGCAUUCACUCCCUGAAAAUAUUCAAAAUAAGUGAUGUUCAGGGGGUGAAUGACUCUCGUAAGCGCACUGGCUACGAGAAACAUGGCGAGUGCAUUUUGAUGACGAAUCAUUGUGUAUCAUGGUGUGGCGGUGGUUAGGUUUUUUGGCCGAGUCGGCCUUCUGUAAGGUCUAUAUUCUGUCCUCUGGGCCCGACGUGCAUGUUCGCAGGUCACACUUCAGGGAGUCUUUCCUCGCAGCGAUCAAAGGCUUGGCAGGAAAUUGAUAAAAUUUACUUGAUAUAUAUUUUGCAUGAUGACAGAACGAAGAAAAUAGUUGUCCCGGACAUGUAGCGUUGACACAUCAGCGUCAAAAAGCAAAUAUUAUUGCCCCCAGAACGACUUUUUUAUGAAGGUCGCUUAGACUUUAUUGAAUUUACAGUGCAUGGUUCGAAGCUCACUUUUACUUCAAGUAUUUUAACUCAUGAAUUAUUCAUUAUCUUAAUAUUUAGAUAUUUUAGCGAUAUUUAGAGUUCGCAUGGCAGUAUUAACAUAUGGUAUUACGUAUAGUUUUAAAAUUUUUAUGCAGUAUAUGUUAUUAACAGACUCCUUUUUGCUAUAUUCUAAAAUAUUGAAUGUUUUCAAUUCUGUAUAUUUCACCUUUUAGCUGCCACUCAGAUUAACAUUUCAUUGAAUUUAAAAUUCAUAUUAAACUUAACAUGUACAGUACAAAUAGCAAGUGGCCUAUAAUUAUUGGAUAUCAUUCAUCUGACAAUUGAUUAAUGAGUAUCUGUCAGAAAGUGACCUAUAGUCUAUACAAGUUUCUUUUCUCAUAGCUUGGCAGCCAUCAUUUUGGCAACACUCUCUUACACGUUGGCGCUCAACAGUCGACCACAAUUGACCAUAAAAGCAGUAAAAAACAAAAGGUUUGACGAUUCGUAUAUCGGGGAAACAUUCGACACUGGAAACAUAGCAGAUUGUCUGGAGCACUGUUUAGAGGACUGUCGGUGUCAGUCGUUUCAAAUUUGUGGAGGGACAAAAUGUCAGCUGUGUUCAAGUCACAAGGAAGAGAACAGUUCAUUGCUUCAUGACAAUAAUACAUGCAUCUAUGCUAUGUACGAGAUGCGAAAUGCUCAGGUAUGAUAACGUUUUUAAUAUUCGCCAUAACUUUUCCAUGCAAUUUUCCGUCUCACAUCGUUACGUCUUAAAUUCACUCUUGUUAAUGUUUAAUUGAAAAGAUAGAGCCAACAGUAUUACUUUAUUUGAAUUCCAUGCACGGUAAUCUUGGUCCUGUCCAGCCUGUGAGCAUAGCUCGCUCUUUGCCCAAUCCUCGGUGUAAAUACAGUUUUGAAUUCCACAUCAUCAUUCCAAAUCUCCGAUCCGAGUUUGCCUCAUCGAUUUUCCGGCCAGUCAGUGUACAUAGAAAUCGUUGAAUAACCAGCCCUCAUUCUACUCUACCAAUGCAAGACGAUCUCCACUAUAGUGACAAGGAACGUCCUUGGGUGUAAAAUACAAUGUCUUUUAUCUUGUUAGAUAUUCGACGACCACUGUUCAACCAUACAUUGUCCAAAGAAGCACAAUUGUUGUCAACAACAAUCUGAUCUCUGUCCCGAGAACACAAUAUGUAAACCAUUCAACUCCCCCAAGAAGCCCUGGAAACGUUUUAUCUGCGAAUGUGGAGCUGGUCAUAGCAGUGCCAAGCAACCAUCCCGGAGGAGGGGGGGAGGGGGCUGGUGGGGGCGCAGGCGGCGCAGGCGGCGGCGCUGAGGAGGGGGUUCGAACACCUCCCCCACCAAUAAUUUCCAAUUUCCAUUUAUUCUUGAGCCUCCCUCAACCCCCCCCCCCCCC